UAGUUUAACUCUCCUCGAUUUCCCGCCAGACGAAUUGGCGCGAAAUUGAAGGCUCCUUAGUAUUUCUUCUCUCUUCACUGAACCAACCCUAGAUCUCUCUCCCGCCAUUUUCUUCCGCUGGUCUGUCCUGCUAGAUCUGCUUCAGCUUCCGUUGUUUCUCAGCUCCGCCGCCGGCGAUUCAGAGAGUUCUAUCACUGGAGACGCCUUAUCUUUGCUCAAGAAGGAGAAGAAUUAUACUUAUCCAAUGGAGUUAAGAAGUUUCAGUCAUUUUCAUCAUAUCCAUGCCAUUAAAGGGGGUAUGAUGACUAAAGUUUUAAACAUCAACCGUGGAAAGCCUGCAAUGGUAUUUAAGAAGCUUACUGACAUAUAUGAAUCUAUAUAUGACAAAGCUCAAGAAUCACUCCCAACACGAUGGUCAAGAGAAGGUUUAGAAGGAAAUAUUCGUGAUGGAUGUGAAUCGAAGAUGGAAACCCAAGUUCUUUAUGCAGAAAGAAAACUAUUCAAUGAUGAGCCUGAAGUUUCUGAUUCUGACCGUGAAGGUGAUAGUGACACUGAAGGACAAAAGAGUGAUGUAGAAGCUGAUAGCAUGACUAUAAAGCAGAUGAUGGAAAGCUGCAAGAAAAGAAAAGUGAGGCAGUCAAAUUCUGUUGACUCAAGCAAGGAAAAGCUGAGAACAUGCUCCAGACGAGAAUUAAAUCAUUCAUGCUUGUUAUCAGAUGAGGAUGAUAGUGAUCUUGAUGUUGCUCUUAGCAUCUGGCAAUCCAAACUUUCAAAACGCAAAAAAUUGAAAAACAAAUGUGACGAAAGCAAAAUAUCUACUAGCUCACUGCACGGCCGAACAAUUGAAAAUUCUGAUCCAAUCAAUAUUGAUCAGGAUCUCCUUCCAUCUAGUUCUGACCUAGCCAUCCCAGUGGACAUUAAAGUUGAAACUCCUGAAACUGAUGUGACAGAUAUCCAAAACACAAACUGCAUUCCGGAUGAGUUGUCUCUACUCUGUGAUGAAAAUGUAAACUCGUGUCUGAGUUCUGGGCCUUUUGGAACCGAUGAAUUAUUUUUCGGUCUAGAGUUGACAGCAUCUGAGAAAGAAGCUGAAUAUGGAGUUCCAAACUGUGUAUCUCUUGAAAAUGUGGAAGGUGAUGAAUCCAGACCUCUUCAGAUGGUAGGGGAAUCUAGCACUGAGUGUGUGAGUGAAGAUAACCUGGAGGUACACAAACCCCAACAUUCAGAUUUUCCUACAUCAGAGACUAUGGAGGGACAAUGUACCCCAAGUUUUGUAUCCAAUGAUAGCAUAUCAGAAGCUAUUUCCCUGACUGAGGAGCAGUGCCUUGGCACUCAUAUGUCACAAGCUAAAUCCAUUACACACGAGGUCAUAUGUCAGAAUAAUAGUGAAGAUAUGUCAGCAAUUUCCAUGACCGGGGAACAGUUCUCUGACACUCAUAUUUCAGAAGGUAAACCCUUUACAGAUGAGGCCAUAUGUCCGAAUAAUGGUGAAAUCUUCACGUAUUUGAAUGGAAUGGCUGAUCUGAAUAGCCUCCAACUCCCAGAGAUGAGUCUUGGAGCUGAAGUACGUUUAACCGAGAAUAGGUAUAAAGACAGGUUGGCAUUUGAUAAUGAAAAGGGCAUUCCAACGGAAUCUACCAGUGAUUGUAACUUAAGCUCUGAACAUGGGGGAAGGAUUUCAUCAAAAUCUACCAGUGAUUGUAACUUAAGCCCUGAUCAUAGAGAGAGUGUUUCAACAAAUUCUAUCAGUGAUCGUAACUCAAUUCCUGAUCAGCAUUUGAUAUCUAUUGACGAAUGUCCAGCUAAGGAGAAACAACCACAAAUGUCUGAUUGUUCUGAUUCAGAAAGAAAUACUUCACCAGAUUUUCAUCUCAAUGGUUCUACGAAUAAAUUCAAUCAAAUUGAAGAAACUCAACGUCAUCCAACAAGGCUGCUAUCAACGAGAACAACCAUUUCUCCAACAUCUCAGGAAAGAUUGUCCAAGGCUAUGAAGUCUAUGCAGUUACAAGAUAAAGAAUGCAAAACAUGCGGUGGCAAACCAUAUUUCAAACAAAUUAAGUACAAGGUUGGCACAGCUGAAGGGUGUGACCCGAUGAAGAGAGUGUAUUCCGAUACAUAUCACGAGCAAAAUACAAGGAAAUCAAAGAAGAGAAGUCUUCACUCAACAAACACCACUAAAGCUUCUCAUGCUCAUGCUAGCAUGAGAAGCUCUACCGUCCAGAGUUGUUCAGAUAGUGCCAUUGCAUUCACAGAAAGACAGAUGCAGGACAUAGAGUGUCUUGCUCUGAAGCUUACAACUCAGUUAAAGUCAAUGAAAGCAAUUGUAGAAGACAGAAUUCAUGUUGAAGGCAACAAAGCUACAAGCUACAAGUUUAACACGGAUGAGGUGAGAACAGCCAUCGCCGAUGCAACGAAAGCGGAAGCAAGUGCGAAGAAAUGGCUUUCCAUAAUGUCGAGGGACUGUAACCGUUUUUGUAAAAUAAUGAAAACAAGUGGGCAUGGUUCAAAUGCUUCUCCAACUUCAGUUCAGAAGUUGAAGAGGAAGAUUACAUUUGCUGAUGAAGCUGGUGGAGAGCUUUGUGAAGUUAGGUUGUUCGAGGACGACAUGAACAACGAGUCUUCCGUGGAAACCAGUCCCGAAAAAAUCAAAACAAAAUGAUUCUCAAAUCUGUAGAAAAUUAUAUGAACGCGGUUGAUGCUGCAAUGAAUCUGUGAACGUUUUCUUUGUUGCUCGCUGCAAAUCUAAAUCUGGGGGUCUGUGUUCAUGGUAA